UGUCCUCCGGGCCGGAGGAGAUCCGCAAGAGUUUGAACAAGUUUCUUCUCUGUUGCGUUGGCAGUUUGACUGUGAAGAUGCUUCCCGGAGCGCUGGCCGUGUUGCUGACUUUAUUCAGCCUCACUGAGAGCAAAGAGAAAGACUUUUAUACUUUCAAAGUAGUGAACAGCAGGGGGAAGUUAGUGUCCCUGGAAAAGUACCGGGGCUCGGUGUCCCUGGUGGUGAAUGUAGCCAGUGAAUGUGGCUUCACUGAGGAACACUACAAAGACCUGCAGCAGCUCCAGCGGGACUUUGGGCCGUAUCACUUCAACGUGCUGGCCUUCCCCUGCAACCAGUUUGGGCAGCAAGAGCCCGGCAGCGACAAGGAGAUUGACAGCUUUGUGCGCAGAGUCUACGGAGUCUCCUUCCCCCUGUUCAGUAAAAUUGCGGUCGUCGGAACUGGAGCAAACAAUGUCUACAAGUACCUUGUUGAGUCUUCUGGAAGUGAGCCUGACUGGAAUUUCUGGAAGUAUCUCAUCGAUGUAAAUGGCAAAGUGGUUGGUGCAUGGGGACCAAAAGUUUCUGUCAAAGAAAUCCGACCCAAAAUAGCUGAAAUGGUGCGGCAGAUAAUCCUAAAGAAGAAAGAAGAGCUAUAACCUCCUGUUAAAAGACCCCGUAGUGUUUGGAUUAGAUUUAAAUUCAUUGCUACAUGAACCGAAGAGAUAAACUGAACACAUUUAUUUUGCUUGUACAAUCAGACAUUGUUCAGUAAACCAUUCAAUUCAAAUCACACAGCGAAAGCAAGUGUUACUAGCUUUCUGAAAGCACUGAUGAAACGCCACUAUGUUUUUAAAUUUAAUGUUAAGUUUUAUACCAGGUGAAUGACAUUUGAAGCUGCAGCUUGAAGCCAAAGAGCUCCUGUUCUCCUAUUUGUUAGUCUUGUGGAUUAUGUGUUUGGUUUUGUAUUCACUCUGAUUUGUGGAAUAAACAUUUACU